GUUAUGUGAAGCAAUCACAAAUGUUCUGCUUAUUUUAAAAUGCUGAGAUUCAAGAAACUAUGCAUCUUACUCAAUUUCUUCUUGACAACUUCAGUUCGUCAUGUUGUUUCAGCCACCAUUAGGGAUGAACAAAACUUUUACACACCACUGUCCCCUAUAAACCAAAUGAUCAUAUGCAAAUCUGAGAAGCCCUACCACAGAUGUGAAACUCUAAACAUCUCCCAUUCUUCUUGUUCUUCUUAUGCCUCCCCAAAACUUCUCUCAACUGGUUUUACUUCAAACUCACUUCUACUCUACAACUGCUCAAACUCAAAGCCUCCAUCAUCACCACUCGUCCACACUUUGACAUGCUUACAUACAACUGGAGCUUCUUCAAAGAUUGAAGAACUUAAAGGGAUUUCUUCAACUUCUUGUUUCCUACUUGAUGAUCUCAGAAAGCUUGUCAUGGAACUUAAUCCAAGUGAUUUGAACUGCUCAUGUUACAGCAGGGUCAAUCGAAAGUCUGCAAGUGCGAAUUAUGAAGAGCAUGACUUGGGGGCUAGAAUUGCUUUUGAGGUGCCUGAUCGUGUACCCAAUAUCUGCAAUGAGUGUCAAAAGGUUAAUGGCAAUUGUGGUGCAGCAUUGAGAUGCAUAUGUCACCCAAAAGAGUGUAAAAACAAAGUUACUUCAAAAGGUGGUCAAUCCGUCAAAUCUUUUGGUAAUUACAUCCUUGUUUCUCUGCUUCCUGUUGUAGUAUUCAUGGUUAUGGUAAUGAAUUAAUACUUGAGGCCAAGGAAGCAAUUGAUCUCAACACUCAAGAGUACUGCCUACUCCUGUACUAUCUUCAUCAUUGUCUGUUCUUAGUUUGCAGCUCUAGAAAGAAACAUACAAAACUUCAAGCGAGUUCUUCCCAUUUCUGCUUCUCUACUAUAUUGAAGUUGCAAUUAUUCAGAAGAAACUAGCUUUAUGAGGUAGUUGCAAUUUCAUA